GUGAGGCUGUAGUCGGGGAUGGGAAUGGUUGCGGUGGGGAAAAGAGGGAAAUUGGGAAUUUAUCCAGGGUUAGAGAACGUCAAGGAGGCGGAGAGUCUGGGACAAGGAUGGGAAUAUCUGGGGUUUGAAUGUGUUACAAAACGGGGAGACCAUUCUGCCCUUUCGUCAGUCCUGUAUGUCACCUCUUAUUCCUCCAUAAUCCACACACUUCCGUGCUACGCUGACUCACUUGUACUAGUUUAUGUUCGUGUCCUCUGCAAUCAGCUGAAGUCUUUUAGUACACUGCCAGACAAAAGGAAACAACUUUUGGAAGAAGGUCCUGACCUGCGGGAGUUUAUAUCUGGUGAAUUAUCAGAUAAGGGAACAUGGGAAGAGUAUAAAGGCAACCUGAAGCGCCAAAAAGGAGAAAGAUUAAGAUUGCCUCCAUGGUUGAAGACAGAGAUUCCUCUUGGGAAAAAUUACAAUAAAUUGAAAAAUACUCUUCGGAAUUUGAAUCUGCACACUGUAUGUGAAGAGGCAAGAUGUCCAAAUAUUGGAGAAUGCUGGGGAGGAGAAAAAGGCACAGCUACAGCCACUAUAAUGUUAAUGGGCGAUACCUGCACAAGAGGCUGCAGGUUCUGUUCUGUGAAAACCAGUCGAAAGCCUCCACCUUUAGAUCCGGAUGAGCCUAUCAACACAGCAAAUGCAAUAGCAGAGUGGGGUCUUGAUUAUGUUGUGCUGACUUCUGUUGACAGAGAUGAUCUUCCAGAUGGUGGAGCGAAACAUUUUGCAGCUACAGUAUCACAGUUAAAAGAAAGACAUCCCAAAAUUAUAGUGGAAUGCCUGACCCCUGACUUCAGAGGUGACCUAAAAGCUGUGGAAGCAGUUGCAGAUUCAGGACUUGAUGUCUACGCACACAAUGUGGAGACUGUCAGGGAAUUGCAGAGGCAUGUUCGGGAUCCUCGGGCAAAUUUUGAUCAAUCGCUGAAUGUAUUGAAACAUGCCAAGAAAGUGAAAUCUGGUCUUCUGUCAAAAACGUCCAUUAUGUUGGGACUUGGUGAGACAGAUGAACAGGUGUAUGCUACAAUGAAAGAAUUACGAGAGGCUGGUGUGGAUUGUCUGACAUUGGGACAGUACAUGCAGCCAACAAGACGGCAUCUAAAGGUGGAUGAGUACAUAACUCCAGAGAAGUUUAAAUACUGGGAAAAUGUGGGUAAUGAACUUGGAUUCUUAUUUACUGCCAGUGGACCCUUGGUACGGUCUUCAUAUAAAGCAGGUGAAUAUUUCAUGAAGAAGCUCCUGAAUAAACAAGUAGCUGAGCCAAGUUAGAUCACGCUGAAAACUGUUGACUACUUAGCUUUCAGAACUUUAUACUUCCAAGAACACUUAAUUUACUGUCUUUGAAUUGUUUAUGGGAUUUCGAUCUGUGCAAAGUUUGCCCUGAGAAAGAACUGAUAAAUGGCACUGAACCUAUGUUGAUAUAUCUGUCAGUUAUCCACCAUCAUGUCAAUGCCCUGUGGAUCUGCUUCAUGUGCAGUUUCUUCUCAGGAUGUUUUUUUCCCUCACUAAAAAGAUUUCAUUUAAAUUUUGACUGCAAUUCAGAAGGUGCAUUCCAUGAAAACUUCUCUAGACAUGGAUUUUCUUUCAGUUGAUUUUGGGACAUUGCACAAGAGUUUGUGACAUGAAUGUGGAGUACAAGACAGGUAUGUCUCCGUGUCCUGGGCAGUAAUGAAUAUUGAUUUGUUGGGAGAUUUAGCAAUUCAGUAAAUCAUUUAUGAGACCAACAAUUUCAAAAUACAUUUUUCCUGCAACACUGCAGACUGAAGAUUUGAUCAAUACAAUGUUGUGGAAAGCACCACAAUAAAUAAUAUAUUCCUAUCUGAAGUGUUCAGCUAUUGUCCUAAAUUUGUCUUACUGUCUGUAUUUGUAAUUGAACUCCUUUGCCACCAUAUUACUAAAGGUUGGAAUGAAUUAGCUGUAAAAUACAGAAGUGAUGUUUUCAUAUACUUGAGUCAGGAGAUGUGCACUGUAAUCAAUUAAAUCCUGGAUGUGUGCAACAUACAUGUGAAUGAACAAUACACAUGUAUUCAGUAAAACUGAACUGUGUUCAGUAAAACUAUGUUAAAGAUUUGUACUGUGUGAAAAUGUAAAAUUUAGAGAGCAAUAAAGCAUAGAUACAGGCCCUUUGACUCAAUGAAUCCAUGGCAGCUGAUCCCAAUUUCCUGUGUUUGGACCAUAUUCCUCUAAACCCUUCCCCUUGUACUGCUAGAACCACUUUCCAGGCGAUUCCUAAAUGAUUGUGUUCUAUCUGUUUCAACCACUUCUUCUGGCAGCUUGUUCACUAUAUUCACCAGCCAAUUCAUGAAAUAGUUGCCCUUUGGGGUUCCUUUUAAAUCUUUACCCUCCCACCCCCAAGUCUAUGCUCCCUAGUAUUGGACUUCCCCACCUUGGGCGAGAGAUUUAUUAUCCAUGUUGUCUGCUUAGUAAUUUUAAACAUUUCGAAGGUUACCCCUCGUUCUCCUACAUUCCAUGAAUAAAGACUUAGCCUGGUCAACUUCUCCCUAUAAUUCAGGCCCUCCAGUCCUGACAACAUCAAAUCUUCACUGCAGGCUUUCCAGUUUAAUCGCAUCAUUCCUAUGAUAGGAUGACCAAAACUGUAUGUACUACUGCAAGAGCAGUGUUACAAAUGACUAUUAUGACUUGCGUCCUAACUUCUAAACUCAGUGCCCUGACUGGAAGGCCAGCACGCUAAAUGCCUUUUUAACCUUGUCUACCUGUGAUGCCACAUUCAACAAACUGCACUUUUACUCUAAGAUCUCUUAGUGUCAUUACACUCCCUAAUGCUUUACCAUUCAUAGUCUCAAUCCUAUGUUGGUUUGACUUUCUAAAAUACAUCACCUUACUUAAUCUGUAUUGAAAUCCAUUUGCCAUUCCUUUGCCCACUUCUCUAACUGAUCAAGCUCCCCCUUGAUCUGUAAAUACUGUAAUAAUCUUUACUAUCAACAAUACUAAAGAUCAUUAUAGGUCAAAGGGGAUUUUGUUUUGUCAUCUGCAAACUUACUGAUCAAACCUUGUGUAUUUGCAUCCAAAUCAUUUAUAUAAUGAAUAAACAUCAGAGGUCCUGAUACAAGCCAAUAAUCACCAGCCUCCAUUCCAAGAAUCAACCUUCAACUAAUUAGCCUGUACUUCCUCCCUCCAAGCCAAAUUUGAAUCUAUGUAGCUAGCUCUCUCUGGAUUUUAUGCGACCUAACCUUCCAUACCAGCCUAAUGUUCAAGAUUUUGAAAGCAAUAUUAAAGUCUAAAUAGUCACUACCCUAAUUUCAUCUACUGGCUUAAUGACCUGUAAUGAAUUUGUGGUUAGAGUGAGGUGUGGAAGUUUUAUUGCAAGGUAGAGGUCAAUUUUCGAACUUGUUGGCAGGUUUAAUGAUCACAUUUGGGUUGGCCUUACUGAGUGGAAAGCUGUAUGUUCCGAAGGAGAGCUGGAGUAAGUGGAUGUCAGCAGUUCAUGAUGAAUGGAUCUAGAAAGGAUGAGAGAGCAUAGAGAGGUUUCAAAUGGAUCAGAGUUUCUGAAGACAAGGGAAAAUGUUUACUUUCUGUGGUGAAGACUCAUGGUAAAAUACUUAUCGUAAUUUUGGUGUAUUGAGUUUGCCAUUAAAUUCAGAACUGCCAUAGA